AAGAUAGUUGCGGUCUGAAUUCGCCGGAGUGCGGAGCAACAUGAACUACGUGGGACGACUUAUCAUUGUGCUGAGCUGCCUUUGGCUCAGUGCGAUCGCGACUAAUCCGGAUGACCCCCUGUUGGUGCAGCUGCCGCAGGGCAAACUACGUGGUCGCGAUAAUGGAAACUACUACAGCUACGAAUCGAUUCCGUACGCCGAACCGCCCCUUGGCGAUCUGCGAUUGGAGGCUCCGGAGCCGUACAAACAGACGUGGUUGGAUAUCUUCGAUGCCACCAAAGCGCCGGUCCACUGCCUGCAGUGGGAUCAGUUCACGAAAGCGGAUGACAAACUGGUAGGAGCGGAGGAUUGCCUGACCGUCAGCGUGUACAAGCCGAAGAACAGCAGCAGGAACAGCUUUCCGGUGGUGGCCCACAUUCAUGGAGGAGCCUUUAUGUUCGGUGCAGCAGCGUUGAAUGGACACGAGAACGUGAUGCGUGAGGGCAAAUUCAUACUGGUGAAGAUAAGCUAUCGCCUGGGGCCAUUGGGUUUCGCGAGCACCGGCGAUACGGACCUGCCCGGAAACUACGGACUGAAAGAUCAACGGCUGGCUCUCAAAUGGAUUAGGCAGAAUAUAGCCAGCUUUGGCGGAGAACCGGAGAAUGUGCUGUUGAUUGGUCACUCCGCUGGCGGAGCUUCGGUCCAUCUGCAGAUGCUUCGUGAGGAUUUCGGCCAGCUGGCCAAGGCGGCGAUCUCGUUUAGCGGCAAUGCUCUGGAUCCAUGGGUUGUCCAGGAGGGCGCACGAGGACGAGCCUUUGAACUGGGUCGCAUUGUGGGAUGCGGAUUGGCUGCGGACUCGGCCAGCCUGAAGAAAUGCCUAAAGACCAAGCCAGCCAGUGAUUUAGUCACCGCCGUCCGUAACUUCCUGAUAUUUUCCUAUGUGCCCUUUGCUCCAUUUAGUCCUGUGGUGGAGCCAUCGGAUGCUCCAGAAGCCUUUCUCACCCAGGAACCCAGUGAUGUUAUCAAGAGCGGAAAGUUCGGACAUGUUCCCUGGGCUGUUACCUAUGUCACAGAGGAUGGUGGCUACAAUGCCGCCUUACUGAUGGGGAAUUGGGACCAAUAUGGUAAAUCAGGGUUAAUCAUCAAGGAUCUGAACGAUCGCUGGUUCGACUGGGCACCAUAUCUGCUGUUCUACCGGGACUCGAAGAAGACCAUCAAGGACAUGGACGAUUACUCACGCCAACUUAGGCAGCAAUAUGUGGGCAAUCGGAAAUUUGGCCUCGAAAGCUAUUGGGAUUUGCAGCAGAUGUUCACGGAUAUUCUCUUCAAGAACAGCACGCAGGACGCAUUGGAUCUACAUCGCAAAUAUGGCAAAAGUCCUGCCUACGCUUUUGUCUAUGACAAUCCAGCAGACUUAGGAAUCGCACAAGACCUUUCCGACAUAGAUAUAGGUUUUGGAACUGUGCAUGGUGACGACUACUUCUUGAUAUUUGAAAAUUCCGUAAGAGAGGCGGAACUGCGUCCGGAUGAGAAGAUAAUUUCGAGAAAUUUCAUCAAUAUGCUGUCCGAUUUUGCUGUGAGUGAUCAGGGUGUUUUAAAAUAUGGCGAAUGCGUUUUCAAAGAUAAUGUAGGCAGUGAGAAAUUCGAGUUACUAUCUAUCCAUAAGGCUGGGUGCGAGAAUAAGCAAUAUGUUGAAUUUCCGUAAGUUACUUGAAUAAAAUGAAAUAUUAUUCGUUCUGUGUAA